AUGGAGCGAGAAACGAGCCGGUCAUCAUCGCACAACAAGAGCAACCACGGCUCCCGCGCCGUCAGCAUGUCGCCUGGGGGCGAGAAUACCAACGACGAGGGCGCCUCCACUCCUGGUACGAAUAGCCGGCCGAAGCUUUCCCGCAAAGCCUCUCAGAAGCCCGUCAAGCGCGAAACCGUCCUGUUCAGCGAUCUGCCCGAUGUUCGAGAGGAAGCAUGCAAUACCUUUCAAGUCAUUCCGGACUGUCUAUAUGGAUCGAAGCACAUGGGCUCAACCGAUCACGAUGCCUUGGACUGUGAUUGCCGUUCCGAGUGGCAGGACGGGAAAAACUACUCAUGUGGCGAGGACUCCGACUGCAUCAACAGAGCCACGAGAAUGGAGUGCGUUGUGGGCACUGGUAAUUGCGGCGACGGGUGCCAGAAUCAGAGAUUUCAGCGCAAGCAGUACGCCAACGUUUCAGUCAUCAAGACAGACAAGAAAGGAUUCGGUCUCCGCGCCAAUGUCGACAUGCAAGCUAACGACUUCAUUUUCGAGUACAUUGGCGAAGUCAUCAACGAGCCAACAUUUAGGCGGCGCAUGUCGCAGUACGACGAUGAGGGCAUCAAGCAUUUUUACUUCAUGUCGCUUACCAAGCACGAAUUUGUCGACGCCACGAAGAAGGGAAACCUGGGCCGUUUCUGCAACCACUCCUGCAAUCCAAACUGCUACGUCGACAAAUGGGUCGUCGGAGAAAAGCUACGCAUGGGUAUUUUCACGUCGCGCAAAAUCAAGGCUGGCGAGGAGCUGGUAUUCAACUACAACGUAGACCGCUACGGGGCCAACCCCCAACCAUGCUACUGUGGCGAGGUCAACUGCACUGGAUUUAUUGGUGGCAAGACUCAGACCGAGCGAUCCACCAAGCUGCCCCUCGCAACUGUUGAAGCCCUCGGCAUUGACGAUGGAGACAGCUGGGACACUGCGGUCGCCAAGAAGCCCAGGAAGAAGAAGGUCGAAGAGGAUGAUGAGGAGUACGUUAACAGCGUACAGGCCAGAAGCCUCAAUGAGGAUGGCGCACGCAAGGUGAUGGCGACCCUGAUGCAGACGAAGGAGAAAUGGAUUGCAGUCAAACUGCUGCAGCGCAUCCAGCAGUGCAGUGAUGAGCGGGUCAUCCACUGUGUCAUGCGCAUGCACGCCUACCAAAUCCUCAAAACCACCCUCAACAUGUUCAUCGACGACCACAAUGUCAUUCUCCAGGUCUUGGACAUUCUUGACAAAUUUCCUCGAUUGACCAGGAACAAGAUAGAGGGCUCAAAGAUUGAAGACACAAUCACCAAGCUGGCUCAAUCGGAAAACGAAGAGGUCAGCAUCAGGUCGAAGAAGCUGUUGGAAGAGUGGGCAAAGUUGGAGUUGGGGUACCGCAUUGGGAAGCGAAAGUUUGACCCCAACGCCCCGACCACCAACUCCUUUCAGGAGAGGCGCAACGCAGAACGCGAAGAAGACACUACCGCCAAAUCGACUCCCGACCCGUUCCAAAAUGUCGAUAUUCCAAAGGGUCCAAGAAACAGUAUGCCACAGCGGAAUCCACACCUAGCGAACGGCCCCCCACGACCCAGAAGACAACACUUCCCCAACGGCCCUCUUCCGGCUGGAUGGUUCACUGCAACCGACCCGGCAGGUAACACCUACUUCUAUACCAACAAGGCGCGAGAGGAGCAGCAGAGGCUGAGGGACAUCAUCGACAAGGUGACGAAGGAACAAACUCCCAGGCCUUCGGCUUCUCAGACACCGCAGCGGGCAGAAACACCCGUGCAAGAGCCCAAGCCAGAAAAGUGGCGCUCUCUCAGUGUUGAGAAGCAGAUGAAGAUCUAUGAGAAUACGUUAUUCCCUCACAUCAAGUACGUGAUUGAUAAGUACAAACACAAGCUUCCCAAGGAGGAUCUCAAGCGGUUCGGCAAGGACAUUAGCAAGAAGCUGGUCUCAUCGGACUACAAAAGAAACCAUGUCCGUGAUCCAACCCAGCCUUUGGAUCAGAAGCAAGCCAGGAAGGUCAAGACCUACGUCAAGGAUUUCUUGGACAGGGCUGUAGUGAAAAUGAAGAACUACGAGAAGGAGAAGGCUGUCCGUCAUGGGCCAAAGGAUGGAGGCGUCAAUGGUCCAGCAACGGACGUUGAUGCCAUGGUGGACAUCGCCGAUGAAGUUAUGCUUUCUGACGACGAGGAGACUGCGUCGACGGGUAGCCCAGAGAGAAAGCGGAAGCGCGAGGACGAGGCGGCUGCUUCACCGAACCUGACGCCUUCGGAUGGACCCUCAACGAAGCGCUUGAGGGAUGAAGAUGUGGAGGACGGUGCGCCGCCUCCUCCACCGCCCCCGCCGCCCACAGAGCCGGCGCCGACUGAUUCUCCAGAGUCUCUGACUGAAGAGCAACAAGCGCUUAGGGAGCAGGAGGAAGCUCUGAUGAGGGAGAACGAGGAAGCUGAGCGAGAGGAAGCCACGAAAACUCAGGGGAUCUUUGAUGGGCCCCGAAUCAAUGGUGGCGUAAUCGUGGCUGGAGAAGGAGAGCCCGCUGCAGCGACCAGGCAAGAGGUUCUCGGCCACUAG